AUGUUGGUGUUGGAUUUUUUACGCUUGGACUUCUUGUUGUUUCUGCAAAGCAUUGGGAGAAUCGGAUUCUCUUUCUCCACCUUCGGCACCUUCGGUUGCCGUUUGGACUCGACCAUGUCACUUCCUGACUAUGCUUUCAUGGAAUCCUUGAUGUUUCCUCAGAGUUUUAGCCAUUCAGAGUUCUCCCUCUUGCUCAUGGAUUCUGCUCACUUUGGCUUCCCAUUAUUGCCUCAACAGUUUGCACAAUCCGGUUCUGUUCCGUCAAGUUCCGGCCUUGUGAGGUUUGAUUUCCUGCUGUCAGCCUUGGAUUCUGUGGCCAUGGGUCCAUCUUCAUCCCUACGAAGCUUCGUGCGCUUAGAAUUCUUGAUGUUGGUCCUGGAUUUUCUUAGCUCAGACUUUCCCUUCUUCCCAAAAAGCUACGCAUGUUUGGGCUUUGAGUUCUCAACCUACGGCAAGCUGUGGAUUGGAUUUUUCUUGCUAUCACCUGACGAUGUGUUCUUAGGAUUUCUGUUGUUGGCACAAAGCUCAGCUUGCUUUGAGUCAACGUCAUUGGUCUCAGAUUCCCUGCACCUUGGACUCUCCUUGCUCCUGCAGCGAUUUGUGCAGCCGGGUUUGGCAUUUUUGACCUUCGGGCAAGGCCGUCUUGAUUUCUUCCUGUUUUUGUCAGAUGCUGCCCACCUUGGUCCUUCUCUUUUGCUGCGAAGUCUCGCGCACUCGGGCUCUCAGAUGUUAGCCCUGGAUCCUUUGCAUUUGGGCUUGCCUAUGUCGUUCCAAAGCCCCGUGCGAACAGAUUCUGUGGUGUUUGCCCUUGAUUCCUUGCAUCUGGACUUUUCGCCGUUUCUGCAUUCCAUGGCACAACUUGACUUCAUCACUUCAGUGAUCGGCAAAGGUUGUUUUGACUUGUGCUUGUUGGUGCAAAGUUCCACGACACUGGGACCUAUGUUCUUUGUGAUGUCUUGUGCACGCAUAGCUUUGCUUUUGCUAAUCCUCGAUUUCGCACAGCUUGAACUCCCAAUGUUGCUUCACAGCUUCGGAUGGUUAGGUCAUGUGAGCCUGGGCCUUGCACCGUUGGUCUUUGGUUUGGCACGUACUGACUCUUUCCUCAGCCUAUCCGCGAUUGACGCAACCAUCCUUGACUUCUCAUUGUCAGCCCACAGCUGUGUACGUCCAGGUUCUGCCUUGCUGCUUCUGGACCUCUUGCAUUCAGAACCAUCCACCCUGUCACAAAGCUCCGGGUGUAUCGAUUCAGCUUUGCUGGUCUGUAGCAAUGCCAGGAUGGAGCCGCUACUGUUUGUGUUGGAGUUUGCUCAAUCGGGUCUGGCCUUGUUGUUGCAAAGCUCCACUUAUCUAGCUGCGUUGGUGUUAGCCCUGGACCUUCUGCAUCCUGGUUCUACGUUGCCAGUGCACAACAUGGUUCGCACAGGAUUUGUUAUGCCAAUGCUGGAUCCUUUGCACCCGGGUAGCUUCCUGUCACUGAGGUCAUUUGCUCGCACGGCAUUCGUGGUUUUUGCGGUUGGUGUGGCCUGA